UCUUAAAUAAUACGAAUAAUUUAGCAAAAAAGGCCUUUGUAGAGAAUUCUCUCUAGAAAACUACCGGUGAAAGUGCUCUAAAAAAUUCGAAAAGAUUAUCUAAUGCGACGCAAAAAGCGCGCCUCCAGCCCCCUGGAUCUCUAUGAUGAUGACUUCGAUGACGAUGCCAGUUCACAUAGUUCCCAGCCGCCGGUGCAAAGGAAUGCGGCCAAUGCCCGAGAGCGUAUGAGGAUGAGGGUCUUGUCCAGCGCCUAUGGACGUUUGAAAACCAAAUUGCCCAACAUUCCGCCGGACACAAAGCUGUCCAAGUUGGAUACAUUGCGUCUGGCAACGCUUUAUAUUAAGCAGCUAAUUAAUGCUGUGGAGACGAGCAGUGCCAGUGGCACUUCUACUACAAAUACCCAUCCUAAUCUCAAUUCUCCUGCUGAUAUGACAGAUGCGCUGGAUACGCGACAUUCAGGGACAGAUUACGGGACUGCCGUCGGCGGUAUUGCAUCGCCUUUUAAUUUUCACAAUUCUGGACAUCCCGGCAUGAGUUGGCCCUUUGAGUUUCAUCAACAUAUGCAACACGGCCACAGUCGCAACAGCAACUCCAGCCACACAUUCAGCUCUGCGCGCAUGGAUUGGCAAAGUUCUCAAGCGCAAUCCUACCCAAAGACGCCACGUCACGAACCACACAUGGCUACCGAGGUCAAUUAUACACAGCUGCAGGAUGCACACUGGUAUCCCAAUGAUAUGGGACUGCAGUUGGAGCAAACACGCAACGCUAAUGGCUGUUGUGCCUAUGAGUCGGCUGGCGUUGGACAGCAUCAGAGGGGCAUAGCGAUAUCCAGCAGUCAGACGCAUCGUCUUUAGUGCGAUCUUUGGUGCUUAAUUACAUAUAUCAGCUUUUACUCUAAUGAAAAUUGUAUUAAAAUCGUGAUUGUAUUCUAUGUUAUGUAAUGUACUAAGCCAAAGAUUAAUAAUAUGUUUAACUCUUACAUGAUUAGUUA